UUUCAGCUUUCAGUUGAGCUCCGACGCUACAACCAAAUGGUUCGAUUCUUUUCCACAACGCCCAGCUUACAUUGUCGUGAUUUCGUGCGUUUGCGUACGACGUACGAUUGCCUGUGUUUGUUUUAAUGUAAUAAUUACCUAUAUGUGUUUGUGUGUAUGUAUAUACAUAUGUGUUGAAUGAAAUAGGCAGACAACUCAAGUGAUAGCUGAGGGAAGAGUUCUGAUUUUGCAGAAAAAAUAAAAAUGCACAUAAAUUAAUAAAUAUUCGCAGAGAAAGAAAGUGAAGCAAAUGAUAAAAGCAACAGAAAAAAUAUAUAUAUAAAUAAAUAUUUUAUAUAAAUAAUAAAUAGGAAGGAAAUAUUCAUUCAUUGCUUCAUAAACGUUUGACAGUGAACUUCGUCAACGGAAAUCAUUACGGCCGACAGAUAAAGUUUUGUCUCGAGUACGAGCCUGAAGUGCGAGUAUUGACAAAAGUGGAAAUUAAACAACUGUGACAUCUGAAAUUAUACAGAUUUUUCAACAAAAAAAAACUGCUGCUUAAGAACAAAUAGUUUCUAUACACUAAACGCCAAGAAAAGCGCGUUCAACGCAAUCAGCGCAAACAUUGACAGGACGUGACGUCGGACAAGAUGAUUCUACGGAUCGUAUUUCUUUCAGCUUUUCUACUCUUCUCCUAUCAUUGCUUAGCCCAGUCGACGAAUGAACUUGACGCAGCACUGCCAGAGCCGCGAGCUUAUAUACCCGAUUCACAGUAUUUAGACUUCGUUUAUCACGAUCACGAUGAUUUGACAAGAUUUCUGAGAGCCACAAGUGCACGUUAUCCGAACUUGACAGCUUUAUACUCCAUUGGCAAGUCUAUACAGGGUCGCGAUCUGUGGGUUAUGGUAGUAUCAUCAUCGCCCUAUGAGCAUAUGAUUGGUAAACCCGAUGUAAAAUAUGUGGGCAAUAUACAUGGCAAUGAGCCGGUGGGUCGGGAGCUACUCUUACAUCUUAUACAAUACUUUGUAACUAGUUACAAUACAGAUCAGUAUGUCAAGUGGCUACUGGACAAUACGCGCAUACAUAUUAUGCCAUCAAUGAAUCCGGAUGGUUAUGCGGUAUCCAAGGAAGGUGCUUGUGAUGGUGGACAGGGACGAUACAAUGCACGAGGCUUCGAUUUGAAUCGCAAUUUCCCAGAUUAUUUUAAGCAGAACAAUAAACGUGGCCAACCCGAAACGGAUGCAGUCAAGGAUUGGAUUUCCAAAAUACAAUUCGUGUUGAGCGGUAGCUUGCACGGCGGCGCCUUGGUGGCGAGUUAUCCAUACGACAACACACCAAACUCUAGAAUUUGUAGAUCAUCGGCUUUAUGCGCGAUGUUCCAAACCUACUCGGCCGCACCUUCACUCACGCCCGACGAUGACGUCUUCAAGCAUUUGUCACUCGUCUAUGCGAAAAACCAUGCGAAGAUGUCACGUGGUGUGGCAUGUAAAUCGGCGACACCCGCCUUUGAGAAUGGCAUUACCAAUGGCGCCGCUUGGUAUCCGCUAACGGGUGGCAUGCAGGAUUAUAAUUAUGUUUGGUAUGGUUGCAUGGAGGUGACGUUGGAGAUUUCCUGCUGUAAAUAUCCACCCGCCUAUGAGUUGAAAAAGUACUGGGAGGAUAAUCAGUUGUCCAUGAUCAAAUUUUUGGCCGAAGCGCAUCGCGGCGUGCAAGGUUUUGUGCUGGAUCCCACUGGUACGCCCAUUGAACGCGCUUCGCUGAAAAUUAAAGGACGCGAUGUUGGCUUUCAGACGACAAAACAUGGCGAGUUUUGGAGAAUUCUACUGCCGGGUUAUUAUAAAUUGGAGGUGUUCGCCGAGGGUUAUGCGCCUCGGGAAGUGGAAUUCAUUGUUGUCGAGCAACAUCCAACACUGUUAAAUGUCACAUUAACACCGUCAAAGCGCGUCGAAGGCACAACAGUACCCUUCUACCGCCCCUUACCCAUACCGCAACAACAGCAACACUAUCGUCCCAUUAGCCCCACAUACAGUGACAGCGGCAUUUUCUCGACCAUCAGCAGCGGUCUCAACAGUUUGUAUUCGAAUAUUUUCGGCUGAUCUUUGCUCUCUUGACUGGCGCUCUUCAUCGAUAUGAAAUUGGUCUUUCUGUUGUUGACCUUUUUCAUUGUAAUUACCAUCAUACAUAUAGCCAGCCGUGCGGAUUUCGAGACACCACAAUAAAUGGAACGCUAGGCAACGAAGAGACGGACGGAAGACGAUGAGCGCACUGUUAGGGGUAGUAAACGUACAAAAUAAGAGAAUUAAGGCAUAAAAGGAAUAAAUUAAAAAUUAAAAAAAUUAAAAAAUAUAGUUAAAAAAUAAGAAUAAAUGAAAAAGUAGAUAUAAAUAUCAGCAAAAUAGAACAGUGAAAAUACACUGCCUGCAUAGUGUAAUGAAACGUUAGAACUACCUUCAAACAUAUACAUAUAUGUAUAUACAAAUUCAAAUGAUAAUAUUCAAAAUUAACAAACUCUAUAUUCUGCAUAAA